AUGUUCUUUUGCAAAAUCCUGUUUGUUCUACUCGUCGCCACUCUAGGAACAUCAUGGUUCUCGGAAGGGGUUUUCACUGUCGUUGAUGCAUACCCUCAGAAAUAUGCAUACCCUAAACAAUAUUCUGAACAAUACGGAACCAGCAAUCAGCAAGCUGUAGCUGUAGCACCGGGAAGCGUUUUGCUGCAGCAACAACUUAGACAGAUGGCGUCCGCCAUACCAGCACCUCAGUCACCAUCUGUAGCUUUCUAUGCUGCUCCUCAAGUUAACCCUUAUGAAGUCGUCGGUGCUCAUUCCAGUUUCUAG